GAAUACCCGAAAUCUUCUAGAGUCUCUGCAUUUCCGGCACCAAAUUCGCGAGGUACUGUGCCGGCGAUCUUUUCUCGCCUGAUAAUCUGGUCUCAUUCAGUUGUUUCGAAGCUGCCGAUUUCGAAAUCGGUUCAAGGAGGAGAAGAACCCUCAAGAAUGGUUUUAAAGCUGUUUGUCUAGUUAGGGAGCUCUCUGGGAGUUGUGACGAUUUCUGGCUCAGCUGUCCGGAGUCCACUGGGAUUGAGUAGACAGUUUUCUCAUCAAAUGUCUGUAUCAGGAAGGCGUUUGAUUUUGGCACUUAAAAGUGAUAAAUUGAACAACACAGCUUUAGUUGUGCCGAGUGAGGAAGCUCUAGUACCUGUAGGAACAUCCAAGGAGCACCGGAAGAGACAAAGGAAAGUUAAAAAAGUUUUGAAAUAUGUAAGACGUGUCUUUACUGAUGAGGCCUAGCUGUGUUCCUUGGAACUGGAUUACAAUGAAGCUGCUGCCAAACUUGAAAAUAUCUACAAGCUUAGGCCUGUGACUAAAAUAUCUGAUUUAGAAGAUGUAGAAGGCAUGAUCAGGAAAAGCACGGGAGGAAGGAAGAGCAGUAGAGAAGGUAAUAGGAAAGCAGAUAAUUCCACUAAUCAAACUGUGGUUAGGAACCGAAAUAGAAAGAUCAGAAGAUUGAACCUUGAUAAAAGAGUUGCAUUGAAAAAGAAUAAAGAGGCUAAGUAGUUGCUUUUUUCCAAAAGAAGAAAGAUGGUGAGAAUGAAAAUGAGAAAAUUGACAUACUUGUUAGGGAUUAUUCAGCUUCAACCGAUUUGGUUAGCUUGGACUGGAAAAAGAUGAAGAUACCUCCAGUUCUUACAUCUAGUGAACAUGUUUGGUUGUUCAAGACUUCAAGUUAAUGCAACCUUUGAAGGAGCCUGCCUUUACAACUUAAGAAGAUUUUAAAGCUUGGAUAUAUGCAGUUCAUGUUAGUUAGUCUUUUUCCAUUUAUUUAUUUUGCAGGUUGCGGGCACUGCUUCAAGCGGAAGAAAACUUGCAAAAGGUUUUAGGUAGAGAUCCAACUGAAGGUGAAUUAGGUGAAGCAACAAACAUGACUGCAGUUGAAGUAAGAAAACAGAUGGAGGUUGGUCGAGCUGCAAGAAACAAGCUUAUAAAACACAAUCUCCAGCUUGUUUUGUUUGUGAUAAACAAAUAUUUUCAAGAUAUUGCAAAUGGCCCAAAAUUCCAAGAUCUUUGUCAGGCAGGAGUCAAAGGUCUAAUCGCAGCAAUUGACCGCUUCGAACCAAGAAGGAGAUUCCGUCUUUCCACUUACGGCCUUUUUUGGAUCAGGCGCUCAAUUAUACACUCAAUGACACUCUCAGACUUCACACGUGUCCCAUUUGGUCUGGAAUCGGUUAGAGUGGAAAUCCAGAGAGCCAAACUUGACUUAUCAUUUGAGCUUCAAAGACAGCCAACAAAAGUAGAGAUAAUUGAAAAAGUUGGGAUCUCUCGUGAGGGGUACCAAGAAGUGAUGAAGGCCUCAAAACCUGUUGCCUCUCUUCAUUCAAGGCAUGCAGUCAUGCAAGAAGAGUUCAUUAAUGGGAUUACUGAUAUUGAUGGUGUGGGAGAUGAUAACAGGAGGCAACCUGCUUUUCUCAGGCUUGCACUUGAUGAUUUGCUUGAUUCCUUGAAGCCCAAGGAGAGCUUGGUGAUCAGGCAGAGAUAUGGACUCGAUGGUAAAGGUGACAGAACAUUAGGAGAAAUUGCUGGAAUCUUAAAUAUUUCAAGCGAAAUGGUUUGAAAGCAUGAAGUCAAGGCUCUGAUGAAGCUCAAGGAUCCAGCUUGAGUGGAUUAUCUUUGUUUAUAUCAGCAUCAUCUGUCUUGCCUACAUCGUAUUCAUCUCUGUAUGUUUUCUCAUCCCCAAGUUCUACCUGUAUGCUGAUGUUCUGUAUCAUAGUCAUUUAACUUCAUAAACAUUAACAUUGAAUGCCAUAUACCAGAACGUAAAGCUUGAAUUCUCAAGAUAAAAAAUCACCAAUUAUACAUGUAAUAUUUGUCUGAUAAUGAUCUGC